UCAUAUUCGGCGAAUAAAACCCAUCUGUGAUAACUCUUUUUGUAGGAUCGACCAGCUUGUGACACGAUCUGAUUUUGUUCCUUUUCCAGCAACAUGUCCGAUCAAAUCACUUUGAACGUAGGCUCAAAGUCUUUUGAAGUGAGCAAAAGUCAUUUGGUCAAGAUUAGUUCCUACUUUGAGGUCAUGUUCUCAUCGCCGUUCGCGGAAAAGGAUCAGACCGAAAUCACCUUGAAAGACGUGAAUCCUCACGAGUUUGAAGCUGUGCUCCAAUUCACACAAGGCAAAUCUAUCCCCAUCGACGACGAGAACGUGUACGAAGUGUUGAAGAUUGCGGAUAUGUUCGAUCUGAAAGUGAUGACCUCGCAUUGUCAGAAAUAUCUCGUGGACCAUUUGGAACACGACAAGGCUCUCAAAGUCUGGAAAGCCGCUGACAUGUACGGUCUUACUUCCUUGGCCAAAAGGGCUAAAUCAUUCAUCUUAUGGCAUUUCCCCACCUUGUCCACCCAACAAUCUUGGGAUGACCUUUCACUGGAAGAUUUCUAUUCUAUCGUUUCGUGUCCAGAGCUGCACGUCACGCCCGACACCGAUUUGCUCAAGCUGAUCCGACAUCGACUGGAGGCUUGCUCCCCACAGGAUUCAAAUGUUUGUCGCCUUUCGUUGCUGAAAGCCAUCCAGGAUCCCUCUGCGCCUUUGGCCAAUCUCAAAUCUCGGAAGCUUCCUAUUCAACCCAGUGUUCAAGGAUCGUCCGGUUACAUCCACAGCUUCCACCUGAAAACCUCCUCCUUAAGCCGGCCGGUUUGCUUGCCUCCAUUUGAGCAAGGCGGCAAUUGCCCCGUCGGAAUACGCACCUGUGCCAUUGGGCCUUAUAUUUAUUCCCUAGGUGGUGAAGAGGUCAUAGGGCGUAGUAACUGGAACCGCAAAGUAUGGCGGUACGACACCAUCCUCCAAGUAUGGGACUGCGUUAUGGAAUUGCCCUCGCCCAUAAGACACAUGGGAAUCUGCACUGACAAUGAUCGGAAUAUCUUUUUAGUUGGAGGUUAUGGACGAUUCCGCGUAAAAUCAGACGCUGUGUUCAAAUUGGACAUGAACGCAAGAACUUGCGAGACCUUGUCACCAUUACCUUGCCCAAUGAACAGCCCUCCUUGUUGUGUUUUUGACCACGAUCUGUUCGUUUUUGGGCCGAAUCUUCUCCGAGGGUCUUGGUCGGACAAAGGUUUCAGUUGGACCUCGUUCGAAUUUGAUGCCAGCCGUUUACCCAAGGGUUGCAACCUGUCUUUCAAAAUGGACGCAGCGGUGACUUCUGCCACCGCUAUUUUUCUGGCUCAGGGUUACCAUUUGUUCAAGUUCAGCCCUGAGCCAAAAUCGUACGCUUUGGAAUUAAUGGGCCAAUUCAAGGAUGAAUGUGUCCACAUGUGUAUGGUGGAGGACCGGAUCUAUAAAUUCGACGCCUCUUCAGAUGAGGCCAGUAUCGAGGUGUUUGACACUCACAGCAAUCGCUUCGACAUUAUUUGGACCGGUGAAAGUAUUGAUUUGCAAUCCUACAAUGGCUGUUUCGGCGUGGUGAAUUACAACUUCGAAUAGGGACCAUGGACUCCAUUAUCCAUGAUCUGUUGGCCCACAAUUUGAAUCCCGUAGUUCGAGAGAUUUUCUUGAAUCUCUCAAGCUCUGAUCUCAUGGAAGCCAAACUUGUGUGCCAUUUGUGGCGAGACUUCAUUAACGAGUGGAUCGAACAAUCUAUUCCUGGCCGAAAAAGGCUGGAAAGCAAGUUACGCAACAAUUGGAGGCAGUGGAAGGUCAUGAGUUCUCGAUUGUACAUCCCAUCCAAUGAGGUCUUUGAUAUCAAAUGGGACCAAGAUGAAGCGUUCUGUGGCACUUGCGACGGAUUUGUCGAUGUCUUUGAUCGACGAACCUCUCGAAGAAAGAUUGCCAUGAAGUUACAUGGGAACUCUUGCGUUCAAUUAGACAUUAACCACGAUUUAAUCGUGAGUGUGGGCGAAGAUUCGUUUAUCAAUGUUGUGGAUAGGAAAAGCUUUUGCAGACUUCAACGUCUCGAUGAUCAUAGAGGCCCAAUCUGGGGUGUGAAGAUCUACAAGAACAAGGUGGUCACGUGCGGUGGUGAUUGCAUGAUCCACAUCUAUGAGAUCGGCCAGGAUUUCCAACUGAGACUCUUGGACCGAUUGCGACACCAUCAAAAGAGUGUCAGCCAUGUUGAAGUUGAUCGAGACAUGAUAGUGUCCGGAUCAGAGGACAAAUAUAUUAAGGUCUACAACAUGGUCUCCAAAGAAAUGGUCCGCGUAUUCAAAUGCCAAUUCUCCAUCUUGUGUCUCGACUAUUCCCACCCUUACAUUGCCGCUAUACCCAACAAAGGGUACAAUUCCUUGAACUUUGAAAUUUGGAGCAUGAAUCAAGAACUCUCGUCCCAAUGCUUGAUUAGCGUUGAGAUGCCUGUGCGCCAUUUUGAUCCUCUUGACCUAAAAAUGACCAAAGACUAUUUGAGUGUGGCGAUUGAACGUGCUGAAGACUUUGGCGAUGAACCAAUUGGUUACCGCGCAAUCACUUUUUCAAUGGAAGAUCUACUCCAAAAUCCGCAUCCUGAGCCAAUUCAUACCCUUGAAAUUGAGGAAUACUUCGACAAUGUAUCCAUUCAUUUGGACCAAACGAGUAUCGCCUAUUCGCAAUUGAGAUCGUUUCGAAUCUCGAAUUUUUGGCAAUAGUUGAUCGUGACUGAUAAAAACUACAU